AUGUCAAAUCCCUCUAAUACAGACUCUGCCAACAUGAGGUGGCAAUUCAUCGAUUCUUCAAAUAAUAGUCGAUCCAAUUUGACACAGGUCAAGCGCCAUGUCAUGCAAGAAUAUAUGCGCCAGAAGAAAAGCAGUCCUGGUUCUGACAGUGAAGAGGAGGGAAGUCACCAGUCUAAGCGCAGCCGUCCCAAGAAGACUUCAACUCUGAAGCGCAAGUCAGCCAAAAAGAAAGAUGAGAGUGACGGUGCAGAUCCUGCAAAUCAUCCAAAAUGUAAAGUUCAAUAUCGGGAUGAAGCUGUACCCGUUGAAAACAACUGGUUCGGCAUUCCUGCGGCUGCGGCUGCCGCUCAGCUUCAUGAUGUGGCCGCCUCUCUGCCCUUCCGAACGUCCAGUCAGUCACAUGACUUUUCAAUGUCGCAGACGCAUAACCCUACAUCUUGGUCGUCGGCACAAGUUACACCCUUCGACCUGUCACUAUCACCGAGAACGGUCAUGAGUGCUGCCCGCACAGACCCCUUCAACACCCUUCCUAUAGACUUGGACGCAGAAGGCCAACAACUAUUUGACUUCUACGUGAAUACCAUGCCUGCCUGUUCAUACGGAACUCACUUUCGAACAUCCAAGGCCCAUAAUUGGUAUACGGCCGUUUUCGUUCCAGAAGGAAUGAAAGGCGCCGUUGCCUUCCAAAACACAAUUCUGGUCCAUGCCGCAAGUACUUGGGCGUGGGUCCGCAAUGAAAAAGAGACCCCUCUUAUACUGCUGCAUCGUGAUCGUGCAAUCACCAUGCUUCGCGAACAUCUCAGCAACAACCCGCUAGAUAAUUCCGAUGUCGCAAUCAUUUCAUGUCUGAGUGCUGCCGCUCUUGAGGACUUUGAUCCACGACCAGGCCACAAAGAAAUAAGCUGGAUUCAUAUGCGUGCCGCGCGUGCGAUGAUCCGGUCUCGUGGCGGGCCUGAUGCCUUUGCUAAUACUCGAUUGGGCAUGUUGAUAAACUGGCAAGAUUAUAUUCUCUCGGGUUAUGAAACACAUGGGCCAAGCUUCUUCUACGAAGACAGGCCCCCACUAGCUACGAUACCUGCUAUAGAGCCUGUUCACCACUCCUUCUCCCAACCUCCUCACUCGAUGCCUUCUCCGCCCGAAUCUCCUUCCUCUGCUCCGACCAAAUUACCCCACUCUUCCUCGACCCCGACAAUACUCAAACAUGAUAUCUCUCCCACCGAUGAAAUCAGGCUUCAAUGUGAAGAAUUCCUCGACUUUCUCCGUCGAUGCGAGCAACUUUCCCUCUACCAACGGGACAACCCGGAGUCUUGCGACCGAUCUCGGCGCAUGGCAGUCCAAGAACAUUCCAUUUUGUUCCAGGUCCUUACAGCGCCUCCCAGUGCACGAUUUACCGCGUCGGGGGAUCGCAAACAGAUGGUUGCUCGUUUAACAGCGCUGAUCAUUUUAAACGCCGCACUAUGGGACUACAGAUACACGCCCGUCCUCGCCAGAACUUUUGUCAACACUCUUAAACAAGCAAUGAUAGACAGCGAAGUGAGCGAGAGUGGUUCCGUAGAAGCCAUUCUUCAAAUCCUCCUCUCCUGCAACGACGGCCACGUCGGAUGGAGCACAACGUACACCCCGGACUUUUCGCAAUACUCACCCACGGCCACGUCCCCCUCCGCCCGACCUUGGUUCGCGGGCCGCAUGCUGAAAGUUGCUAAGCGGUUGAAUGCAGACUCUUGGCAUCGACUUACUGAUUUCCUUUUCUUGUGCUUGACUCUUCAAGUCUCGGAAUCGACGAUUUAUACCUGGGAGUCUGAUCUGCGUCGUGAAAUUCUCGCUGCGCCUUUGACAAAUUAUGUUAUGCCUUCGCUGAUGUACUGA